AAUCAGGUCAUAUUGAGGGGCUGUAUCUUAUACCUAAACAACAUUGUCGUGCUGCAUAAUUUCUUUUGAAAUUGUUCAAAUCAGAGAAAGUGCCCUAGCGAAUCGCAAAAUAUAUCGAGACGAUAGAUAUUCAUUCUCCCAACAAAAUGGACUAUGACAGGAAGGCCAAGAAAAAGAAGGUUUUGCUUAUGGGCAAAAGUGGGUCCGGCAAGACGUCUAUGAGAUCUAUCAUCUUCAGUAACUACGUUGCUAAGGACGCUCGCCGCUUGGGUGCGACCAUUGAUGUCGAGCAUAGUCAUGUCAAGUUUCUGGGGAAUUUGACCUUGAACCUGUGGGACUGUGGCGGUCAGGACGCAUUCAUGGAGAAUUACCUUGCCUCUCAGCGCGACCACGUCUUUUCCAACGUAGGCGUGCUAAUUUAUGUUUUCGAUAUUGAAUCCAGGGAAUUUGAUCGCGAUAUGGUGACCUAUUCGGCUGUCGUUCGCGCUUUGCGUGAAAAUAGUCCCUCGGCUGCUGUUUUCUGUCUCAUUCACAAGAUGGAUCUGGUCCAGGCUGAAUAUCGCCAGAAGCUAUUUGAUGAGCGCACGAAUCUUGUAAAAGAGCGCUCCGAGGGAUUCAAGAUUACAUCCUUCGCGACAAGUAUCUGGGACCAGACCCUGUACAAAGCCUGGGCGAGCAUCAUCUAUACGCUAAUCCCUAAUCUCCACGUGCUUGAGGGCUAUCUGCGCGAGCUGGCAGCUGCUGUUGAAGCCGAAGAAAUCAUUCUCUUCGAGCGUACUACUUUCCUCGUUGUUACCUCUGUGACUAGCGAGAUAGGAGCUUUGAACCCCGCCCACGAUCGGUUUGAGCGUCUUUCCACUAUUAUUAAGACUUUCAAACAGUCGCUGUCUCGGCACACUGGACUUCCGCGCUCUUCACCCCAGUUUGCCGAAUUCCAGGUCAAAACUUCUCGAUUCAACUUCUUCAUCGCCCGGCUUACCAGCAAUACCUAUGUUUUAGUCGUCACUCCACCAGGCGAGGCAGCAUUUAACACUGCCCGUAUUAAUGUUCUCACUGCGCGCAACGACUUUGCCAAUCUUGACAUUACUGGCGAAGUCUAUCCCAGAGGAACUGGUCCUGCUGGUGCACCUCAUCCGGCUUCCGACGAGGCUGCUGCUGCGGUUGCAGCAGCUCGAGCGGCUGAAGAUGAAGAUGAGCACGGCAGCCCUAGCUAGAGCCGCUCAUACACUGAUGAGCAGAUGCCCGCUUUCUGAGGCGGGAUAAAGCCGGGACACCUUUGGUCCCUCUGCUCAUUUAUUUUUACAUUUACUGCUCACUGCUUGCUUCCUUGCAAGAUACCCUGCUCAAUGCUUCUGCACAGCGACUGGCGUUAAUAGAUUGUUUUACAUAUAUUGGUGGUGACGUUGACGACCGC